UUUUUCGUGCUGAGUAGCAGAGCAGAGUGGGCGGCUGCAGUCAGAGGUAGCCCUCGGCCAGGGGGAGGUGGUGCUGGAUGGCAGAUGAUGCUGUCUACUUCCUGCUGGUCGCUGUGUGCUGCUGGCAGAGGUGAGCUGCUGUUUAGUCUGCUCACUGCUCCGGGAAAAGCGGCCGACGGAUUAUCCAGCUCGGCAACGUUAGCUAGACGGCUAACGUCGGGACAGCGAGCAGGACGAGCUAUGAAAAGCAGCCGGAGCCAGUGAAAGUCAGUUGCGGCUUACUUAAUGGAGUUUAAUGUAUGGAAACACAUCUAAAAAGGAGGUUCACGGAUCAUGUCGCCAUCCCGAGAGGGAACUUUCCUCUAAAUUUUGGCAGUUGGGAAAGGCUAGCGUAGCAGCUAGCAAGGCUAACAAACUAUUUUUAAUUGGCUCUGGGCUCAAUGGCUCUCGCUCGCUUUUCCCUGUCAUAACGACAGCUACGAAAAUAUAAACGUGGGGGUAAAAGCAAGCCUUGAACUUCAUGACAAACCAAAGUGUCCGGCUUUGAAACGUAGGAAGACUCGACUGGCAAGGGACUGAAGAUGAAGAAGCAAUUCAAUCGGAUGAAGCAGCUCGCCAAUCAAACAGUUGGCAGAGCGGAGAAAACAGAAGUCCUCAGCGAUGACCUCUUACAGAUCGAGCGGCGCAUGGAGAUGGUGCGGGUGGUGUCCCACAACACACACAAGAGGAUGGUCACAUGUCUGCAGGGACACAUUGGUGCAGAUGCAGAGAAGAGACAUUCCGUACCCCGCCUCUAUACAGGAAAUGGUCAGAAAAAGCUUCCGCUGACUGCGCUGUCCCAGGCCAUGGUGGACGGCGGAAACCAGCUAGGAGAAGACUCGCUGAUAGGGAAGAUGAUGGAAGUGUGCGGUGAGGCAGAGAACCGUCUGGCGUCGGAGUUGAUGCAGCACGAGCUGCAGCUCGAGAAGGAUGUUUUGGAUCCACUCAACCAGCUAGCAGAGGUGGACAUCCCAAACAUUUUGAAGCAGAGGAAACAGCUGGCCAAACUGGUGUUGGACUAUGAUUCUGCCAGAGCGAGAUGGUUGCAGGCAACCAAGUCAAUAAUCUCAGGAACAAACACUCAAGCACUGACAGCCAAGGCUGACCUGCUCAAGGAGGAGGUGGAUGAGGCCAUGAACAAAGUGGAGCUGUGCAAGGAUCAACUUGCUGCAGACAUGUACAAUUUCUUCUCAAAGGAAGGGGACUAUGCCCGCUACUACGUAAUGCUCUUAGAAGCUCAAGCUGAUUACCACAGAAAAUCUCUCACUGUUCUGGAGAAUGUCUUGCCAACCAUCCAGGCUCAGCAAGACUCGUGGACAGAGAAGCCAGCGUUUGGCACAGCAUUGGAUGAGCACCUGAAGAGGAGCAGCAGAGAGAUCGCCCUGCCCAUAGAGGCUUGCGUCAUGAUGCUGCUGGAGACUGGCAUGAAGGAGGAGGGUCUAUUUAGGAUUGCUGCAGGGGCUUCCAAACUGAAGAAGCUAAAAGCGGCACUAGACUGUUCCACUUCACAACUGGAGGAGUUCUACUCCGACCCCCACGCUGUUGCCGGAGCGCUGAAGUCCUACCUGAGGGAACUUCCUGAACCUCUGAUGACCUUCCAGCUUUAUGAUGAAUGGAUCCAGGCAUCCAGUGUGUCAGAUCCUGACAAGAGACUUCAGGCCCUCUGGGUUGUAUGUGAUCAGCUACCAAAGAACAACAAAAACAACCUGAGGUAUCUGGUGAAGUUUCUAGCCAAGCUGGCUCAGGAAAGCGAGGUCAACAAAAUGACUCCCAGCAACAUUGCCAUCGUCCUGGGACCUAACUUGCUGUGGGCCAAGACGGAGGGGAGUCUUGCUGAGAUGGCUGCAGCUACCUCUGUGCACGUGGUGACCAUCAUAGAGCCUAUCAUCCAACAUGCAGACUGGUUCUUUCCUGAGGAGGUGGACUUCAAUGUCUCUGGCAUGUUUGCGAUGCCCACACCUCCCUCCAACCACAACAAUCAUCUAGACUAUGACUGUGGGACCAUUGAGAGAAAGAGGCCUGGCAGUAUGGUGGGACCAGAGAAUGAUGCGUCACGCAAAGACAGCACCCCUAACAAGCACUCGGACCACACCCUUCGUAGAGGCAGUAACACCUUAGGUAGAAAGCAGCACACUUCGCCUGCCUUCCAGCCUCCUUUACCCCCUGUGGAGGCUCCAGGGUCGGGGCACGGGGCUGGGCAGGUCCCCCAAACCACAUCCGAGCCCCAGUCCCAGCCCCAAGCCCCACCAGGGGGUUCAGGGCCUGACCCUGCCCAGCAAAGCUUGGCGCAGAGCAUGGCUGCUCUCGCAGCCGCUCAGCAGCUUCUAGCCCAGCACACAGAGGAGAUCAGCAAUCCAAAGGUGCGUGAUGCUGCUGCUGCCACCACCCAAGCAUCAAACCCAACCCCUGUGCUCCAGAGGAAUGGGUCUGGAGGCGGAGGGCAAGCUGGAGGGCAGCUGGGAACAGGGACAGCAGCUACUGGAUCCAUGGGACCCAGUCCUCAUAUGAUGCGCAGAGGUACCAAGAAGCCGGCUCCUGCCCCUCCCAAACCGACAAACCCUCCUCCCAGCCAGCCCAGUAACUCAACAAACCCCCACCCCUCCUCAGGCUCGUCCCAGUCCCUCAGCCCGACUCCCAGACCCCUUUCCAGCCACUCGCCCACUUCCCCCAACUCUCCCAGCUUGCAGCCAUGUGCCACACCUAGACGCCACUCCAGUAACCAGCCCCCAAUCCAGGCACCCAACCACCCGCCCCCGCAGCCUCCCACCCAGGUCAGCCCUCCAACCCAGCCCAAAUCACUCAACCAACCCACCGGGGAGCAGCAGGGCUCGGACCCCUCACCUCCAGGCACUCCCACCCCACCAGACACCCCUCCACCCUCUGCUACCACCCAGGACGGCGCUGGUGCUGCCCCUCCUCCGUCCCCAUCUCCCUUCAAUUCUGGUUCCCUUCCCCGACCGCGGCCCGUCCCCAAACCCAGGAACAGGCCCAAUAUCCCCCCACCGCCUCAGCCACCUGCCCCGGCCAGCGACACCAAUGGGAUCUGUGCCACUGCUUACAAGAUCAUGGACCCGGCGAUGUCCUUCAAAGGGUUGAGCCGAGCCCUGGUACCUGAGCUCGCUGUAGACCAGCAGCCGGCCCCGGCCGCCUCCUCCCUGCCUCCUCCCAAAGACUCUGACCUGGACUCUGAGAGCACUGUGCUAUAAGGAGGAGAGGAGGACCACCCCAGACCACCCCCACACCUCCUCCUCCUCCUCCUCUCAUCCAUUCUCCUCCUCUGUCAUCCCAGCCCACCUCUGCAGCCCUUCUCACACAGAUAAAUCUCUGCUGGUAUGUUCUCCACUUGUACUUGAGGGUUUCACGUGACAUGAUGCACCCUCUGGCGGCCAUAUUGGAGGCCCUCAGCUCUUGGGAAACAGUGGCUGAGACAACUGAUUUCUGAACUCACAGAUUGUUCACCUCAACAAAAUCAAAUAGUCACGGUUACUUUCUGUGCUGUGUGGAAGCUGAUCAUUUCACUACUGACACAUCUGAUACAUUUAGUUUAGAUAAUGUCCACUUCCUAGCUAACAAACCAUAGCAUCUGGUCAGUUGAUUGACUACAUACAAAGUUAGAUACUAAUCACCGUCUUGUUGUAAACACUUCAAAUUUGCACACAACUGAUGUAUCUAGUAAAGUUAGCAGUAGGCACAUGUUGCUUUGCUAAAUUAGCCUGCUGGCUAACAAAGUUAAAUACCAACAGGUUGGCUCAGCUGACUCCUCUUUAAUUACAAUGCAUUGGAGUAGACAUUUGGAUUAAAGACCUUCCUGUAUCACAGCAACCCAAAUUUAAAAAAAAGCCACUGCCAUAUCAGCCCGCUCACUUUAACUUAAAACAUUACUGCAUUAAGUCAAGUGUUAAAUAUUUAGCCGUUAUGUAUGCACAGUCAGUUCUCCACUGGACCUCCAUGAUGGCGCCAGAUGUGGCUGCUGGAUUUGGGAUGCAGCUGCAGAGCCGCUAUACUGUAACAUAAGCUCUCCAUGCAGAUCACGCUCCAAACAGUCAAUUAAAAACACAAACCGAGGACCCGAGCCUCGUGUAGCACCGGCACAAAGCCACGAAAAAACUGUGUUCAUGAUGCACAGCAGUAAAGAGCUCAGAGCGUUUCACACAUUCUUCACCUGGGAAGUUCCACCUGAAUGGACUGUGUUCGGGGGGAGUUGCUAAACUGGGGACUGAUGAGACUUGUUUGGUAUUUGGUGUGAGGUGUUUUGUAUUUUCUUGAUGUUGAAAAUGGCCUUAGAACAAGAAAUAAAGAAGAGGUAUUCUUUACAGCACAGGGGAGGGGAAAAUGGUAGCGGUUGAAGUUGAGUAGAAACCAAAACUGUUGCUCAAAGUGUAGCUGGUGACUGCAGGUUUCCAGUCGUCUCAAACACUUGAUGUACCUUUUUAGCCUUUUUUUUUUUGUAUGGAAACCCAUCCUUUGCUCACUCUUGUAUUUAUUUACGAAAAAGAAAAAAAAAGAACACACACACAUUCCCUGUGGCUUGAUGUAAUUAUGCAGUCUUCUACAUGUAAUUCAUGCCUUACCGGUUCCCUCCAGAACCACAUGAAGAGCUCCAGCAGUGUAUAUUUACUGUAUGGAGGACACACUUCACUCCUGAAGCUACAGUAUUUCCAAGAAGAUAACGUCUUGGCAACAGAAAUAUUUCAGGGAUGUAAAGAGGCAGAUUGACCCUCUGUGGUGGAGCUCUCAUUUGGUUCUGGGGAUAUGGAUUUGGAUAAGAUGGCUUUGAGUUUCACAAGCAGAAGUAGCAGGGCUGUAUCUCCCAGCCUGAAGGCCAUCAGUAUUUUGCCUUUUCUAUUUUUGUCCAUCUAUCUUAUUGUUUACUCUGGUGUUGCUGGGGCAUUACAGUACAUGUGACACGUUCUGUGUAAGUGAAUGUAGGAAAAAGGCCGAUUUCAAAGCGCUUACAACCUCUUCAUCCUCAACACUGAGUCACACAAGCAGGUGAUGUUGCACCUGAACGCAGCCCAACCUCGAGUGAUUUUGUAGUGGACAGGUUUCCUUGCAGGAGAGGAUUUUUUUUUCUUUAAUCUUUCCCACUGAGCUGGGUUUACACGGCGCUGUAAAAGCUCAGUAGUGAUGUGGUGUUAGAUUUUGCCAGGUUGAAAAAAAAAAGAAACUUUUGUUGUAUUUUCUGUGUAAAGCUUUGCUUUUGGCCUUGAAUAAAAUUGAGAGUUUGGUUCGCAGAGAACUGACCCAACAUGGUACCAGUGGGGAAAGUCGUCUUGGAUGCUGCAGUUGCCCUGAAAACAUGUUCAUAGUGUUUUUCAGAGACAAUCAUGCAUUAAAAAUCCCCCGUUUCUCUCUUUGCUCCUGUACCUCGCUGCCUUAUCCCUGUGCAUCAAGAGACCUGGGUUUGUCAAGGCUCUCCGAGACAAACAAAUGCCAUUAAACUAGAAAUGAUAAUGCUGCAUUUUUAAGCUCCAUAGUUUUGUAUGUAUGCUGUCUGGUGAGCUUAAACGUGAAAUUAAAAAAACAAAAAACAAACAAACAAAAAAAAAACAUGUAAUAUGAAUGCUUGGUUAUACCCCCUUUCCAAAGAAAAUAAAGUAUAUGAAAUAUUGA